AUGAUAAAAAGAAUAAUUUUAUUAGUGUUUGUAAUAGCUCUAGUUUAAAGCAAAUUAUCAAUCAUAUCACCUUAAGCACUAGCAGAUUAACUAGGAGAUGAAAUUGGAUAUUCCUUAGCAAAUUACGGUAAUAAUCCUUAUGGCUCUACUUUUUAUGGUGUUAUUGCUAUUCCUGAUCCACUUAAUGGUUGCUAAAGCAUUUCCUCAAAAUAUGAUUUGAACUUAGAAAACACAGAAGAAUCAUAGUUAAAUCAAAACUCUGCUAUUGCUUAUUUAAUUGAAAGAGGAUAGUGCUCUUUCGUAAGCAAAAGUCGAAAUGCCUAAAAUUCUAAUGGAAAAGUAGCUAUAAUAUUUAAUGACAAAAAAAAUGAAGGGGUUAAUGACAUCGUAUUAAUGGAUUAGUCUGAUCACAGUGGAAAGGGAUUGAUGAUAUCUACAAUCUUUGUUACUAAAAAAACAGGAGACACUAUCUUAAACUAUGUUAGUAAUAAUAAAGAUGAACCAAUAAGAAUAAAAAUAGAAUUCUAAAGACCAUAAGGAAAAGAAAAGAACAAAAUUAAAUUUUGGAUGAGUUCUAUGGACUUGUCAUCCUAUGAGUUUUUGAUAAACUUCCAUAAGCACUAUCUUGACUUAAAGCAUGACAAUGUUGAAAUUGAUUUCACUCCUCACUAUAUAACUUAAUCAGAUAAUGACGAAACUAAGCAAAAAGAACAUUGUAUUUCUAGAGGCAAAUUCUGCAAUCCUGAGUUCUAAAUUGGUGGCAACGAUUUACACAAUAGAGAAGUUGUGCUUGAAGAUUUAAGACAAAUUUUACUAUUUUAACUUGAUUAAGAAGCUUGGUGGAAAUAUAUUUUACUUUUUAAAAAGAAUUGUGUUGAAAAGUAAGAAGUUAAAAUCUCUGAAUGUUCAGAAAGAGUUAUUGGCUUUUCAGGAUUAACUCCUAAUUAAUUGAGAUAAUUCAGAACUUCUUUCAGUGAAUCAUUUGUUCCUAAAAGCACUACUGAUGAUGAAUACGCCAUUAAUGAUAAUGAAAUCUUUGAAACAGAAAGAAAGAAAUAAUAUUAUCAAUCUGUAAGCAUUCUUCCUACUCUUAUUUUAAACGGAGACCAUUUCAGAGGUGAUGUAACUCAAGAUUCAGCAAUUUAUGAAUAUAUUUGUUCUUCUUUAGUACCCAAACCUGAAAGUUGCUUUGAUUCCUACAGGGAAUGGAAAGAAUUCAGGAAUAAGAAAAUAAAAGAGAACGCUCCUUCCUAAUCAGAGAUGCGUGUUGGAUUGAUAAUCUUCAUCAUAGUUCUCAUUUUGGGUAUUAUGUUGAUAAUACUUUUCAUUUACAAAAGAAUGGUUAAAAAGGAAAUAAGCGAAUCUAUGGGACCUCAAGUUAACUUGGCUAUUUCUAAUUAUUUUGCUCUCAACGAUACCUAAACUUCUAACAAGAAUAAAAAAUGA